AUGGCUUCCAAACUCCUGCGCGCGGUCAUCCUAGGGCCACCUGGCUCGGGCAAGGGCACCGUGUGCCAGAGGAUCGCCCAGAACUUUGGCCUCCAGCAUCUCUCCAGUGGCCACUUAUUGCGGGAGAACCUCAAAGCCAACACGGAAGUUGGUGACGUGGCAAGGCAGUACCUGGAGAAAGGUCUUUUGGUUCCAGACCAUGUGAUCACACGCCUAAUGAUGUCAGAGCUGGAGCUCAGGAGCAGCCAACACUGGCUACUGGAUGGUUUUCCAAGGACAUUAGUACAGGCUGAAGCCCUCGACAAAAUCUGUGACCUGGAUCUAGUGAUCAGUUUGAACAUUCCAUUUGAAACACUUAAAGAUCGUCUCAGUCGACGUUGGAUUCACCCUCCUAGUGGAAGGGUCUAUAACUUGGACUUCAACCCACCUCAUGUGCAUGGAAUUGAUGACAUCACUGGUGAACCACUAGUCCAGCAGGAGGACGAUAAGUCUGAAGCGGUUGCUGCCAGGCUAAGACGGUACAAAGAUGCAGCCAAACCAGUCAUCGAACUAUACAAGAGCCGAGGGGUGCUCCACCAAUUUUCUGGGACGGAGACUAACAAAAUCUGGCCUUAUGUUUACACACUGUUCUCCAAUAAGAUCACACCUAUUGAGUCCAAAGAAGCAUACUGAGCCUGCCCAGUGGAAGAGCCAGGAAGAUUUGGUCAUUCAUUCAAUCGUGUGUGUAGCAUUGAUGCUUUGUCCAAAUUAGAAGUCAGCUGAGAUAGCUUACAGCAUCUUUUCUGUUUAAAUGGCGAACUGAUAGAAAAACUAGUGAGUAGAAAGAGCUCAUGAAGAGGCCCUCCUGUCUUUCAAAAGAAGGCGACUCGACUUGUCAAGCCCUUCACAAGCAAGCAAGUACAGGCUGGAUUUCAGGUGUCUAUCCUACACUCUAGCUGGGUUUGGACAGCCAAGCUGCUAUUGCUAUAAUAGCCUUUUUUUUUUUUUUUUUUUUUGCAUGGGAUGAUGGUGGUCUCUGUUUCUCCCCACCCCUUCAAAGGCUGUAUUGAAACACAGAACCAAUAACCCUGAGAAUGCUGAGGGCUCUAAUCUGGGCUUUGCCACAGUUCUCUGCUUUGUUCCCCCUGGUAACAGUGGAAUUGAAGCUUUAUUGCUCUCAGUAGUUGCUUCUCUCUUGAGUGACUGUGUCCACAAUUCAUUUUUUCUGCUAAGAGUAAUGCCUUUCAUACAUGUUCUGCCAUGCUCCAUGGAGUUCCUCCUUUGCAGACAGACAUCCUGGAAUGAAAGGAUUUGGUUUCUACCAACUUUGUUUUCUUACAACUGUUUUCUCUCUUCCUAGGACAUUAAAUAUAGAUUAUGAAAUAAUGCAGAUAGUUGCAGCAUUUAUCCCUCUCAAAUUUCUCUUUCUGUGAACUGAGAGAUAGGGACUACAUUGAAUCUCUUCAUGCAUCAGGAACUGAGCCAUGCAGAGGGUCUUAUUUAAAUGCUGGUCUGAUUCUCAUGGGCUUGCUCUGCUCCUUUUAUUGUGAAAAAAUUACCCCUCCCCACCCCACCAUCAAAUCUUUUGGAAUCCUCAAAAAUUAACCAACAGAAUGUUGAAAGAUCGUAUUUUGUGUAUAGAAGUAAUAAGACCAUAUGGAAUUACUGGACUAAUAGAAUAGUUAAGCUUUGUAUUCAAGACAACAAAAUGAAUUUUGAACAUGCUGCUAAAUAUUGAUGGUGACAGUGUUUUUCUCCUGUGAGUGAUCCAAGCAGAUUUAUAAAUAGUCUUUAAAGGGAACAGAGCCUUGUGGG